UUCAAGAUCCUCUCUCUUGCUAUGUCGACCCCCGCCGUGUCCUCGCAGCCUCAGCUGUACAUCUACGACCACUGCCCAUUCUGCUGCCGUGCACGCGUGGCUCUCGGUCUGAAGAAGGUCAAGUACGACGUUCUGUUCCUGGCCAGCCACGACGAGGCCACGCCCGUCGGUCUUGUGGGAUCCAAACAGGCUCCGAUCUUCGUGCCCGUGGGUGAGAAGCCCUUCCCAGAGAGCUGGGACAUCGUUAAGUACGUGGACGAGCACUACGGCGACGGUGCUAUCCUUAAACCGACCUCAGGUCGCGAGGAUCUGGCCAAGUGGUUCGACACCGUCAUGCCACUCCUCACAGUGCUCUUGCUGCCGCGCUUCCACGCUGCUCCUUUGCCUGAGUUCACGCUUAAGGAGUCGCGCGACUACUUUAAGAACAAGAAGGAGAAGAGCUUCGGAUCCUUCAGCGAGAACCUCGCUAAGUCCCCGGAAAGCGUCAAGCAGGUCAACCAGUUGCUUAAGGAGCUCGAGCCAAUGCUGCAUUCGAGCCACUCGGUCAACGCCGAGCUGAGUUACGACGACUUGGAUCUGUUCGGUCGUCUGCGCGGUCUCACGCUUGUCAAGGGCACCGAGUGGCCCACUAAGGUGCGCGAAUUCCUUGAGUAUUUCUCCGAGACUGGCGACGUGCCGCUCUUCGACAACGUGGUCAAGGUCUAAAAAGCAAAAAGAGCGAC